GGUCUUGGUUGGUGCUCCCAAGGCAGAAUCUAAAUACAGCACCUCUGUUCAGUCCCCAGGAGCAGUGUUUAAAUGUCGAGUCCAUACCAAUCCUGACAGAAGAUGCACAGAACUAGAUAUGGGUCGAGGCAAUUCUCGGGGCGCGCUCUGUGGCAAGACCUGCAAAGAAGACAGGGAUGAUGAAUGGAUGGGCGUGAGCCUGGCUAGGCAGCCAAAGGCUGGUGGAAGUGUGCUGGCAUGUGCACACCGCUGGAAGAACAUCUACUACGAGACAGAGUACAUCCUGCCCCAUGGCUUCUGCAACAUCAUCCCCCCCAACCUGCAGCCCAAGGGGAGGAAGCUCCUGCCCUGCUAUGAAGAGUACAAGAAGAAGUACGGGGAGGAGCACGGCUCGUGCCAGGCAGGAAUCGCGGGCUUCUUCACCGAGGAGCUGGUCAUCAUGGGGGCACCAGGAUCCUACUAUUGGACAGGAACUGUCAAAGUGCUGAAUCUGACUGACAACACCUAUUACAAGCUGAACGAUGACGCUGUGAUAGCCAGGAGGUACACGUACCUUGGAUAUGCAGUGACAGCAGGUCAUUUCUCUCAGCCAACUACCACGGAUGUUGUAGGAGGAGCUCCCCAGGAUGGAGGCAUCGGAAAGGUUUAUAUUUUCAGAACAGACAGACGAUCAGGCUCUCUAAUAAAGAUUUUUCAGGCUUCAGGAAAAAAGAUGGGCUCUUACUUUGGCUCCUCCUUAUGUGCAGUUGAUCUGAACUCUGACGGGUUGUCAGACCUGCUGGUCGGAGCACCUAUGUUUUCUGAGAUCAGAGAUGAGGGUCAAGUCACAGUCUAUAUCAACAGAGGAAACGGAGUGCUGGAAGAGCAGCUCGUCCUGGAUGGGGACAGUGCCUACAACGCCCACUUUGGGGAGAGCAUGGCUGCCCUCGGCGACAUCGAUGACGAUGGCUUCCCAGAUGUUGCCAUUGGAGCCCCUAAGGAGGAUAACUAUGUAGGAGCAGUUUACAUUUACCACGGGGACGCCGAUGGCAUUGUGCCUCAGUACUCCAUGAAGCUGUCUGGGCAAACAGUAAACCCAAGGCUGCGGAUGUUUGGCCAGUCCAUAUCAGGGGGAGUUGACAUGGAUGGCAAUGGUUAUCCAGAUAUGACUGUUGGAGCCUUCUUGUCGGACAAUGUGGUACUUUUGAGAUCCAGGCCUGUCAUUACCAUGGACAUCUCCAUUUUCCUGCCUGUGUCCAUCAAUAUCACAGCUCCUCAGUGCCACGAUGGCCUGCAGGCAGUGAACUGCCUCAACGUCACAGCAUGCUUUCGCUUCGGUGGCAAGCGUGUUCCUGGAGAAAUAGGUUUGAAUUAUAACUUGACUGCUGAUGUGGCAAAGAAGGAAAAGAGCCAGCAACCCAGAGUUUACUUUGUGACUUCUGGAGAGACAACGGGGCAGAUCACAGAGAAGUUACAACUGUCAUACAUGCAGGAAAAGUGUGAGCAUUACCUGGCGUACGUCAAGAAGAGAGUCAAAGAUGUCAUAUCUCCAAUUGUAUUUGAAGCUGCAUACAGCCUUGGGGAACACAUGAUAGAAAGAGGAAGAGAGGACAAGGAGCUACCUCCCCUCAAGCCCGUUCUCCGCUGGAAGAAAGGACAAAAGAUAGCCCAGAGGAAUCAGACUGUUUUUGAGAGGAACUGUCAAUCUGAUGAUUGUGCUGCUGAUUUGAAACUUCAGGGUAAAUUAUUGCUCUCCAGUGUUGAUGACAGAACUGCCUACCUGGCCCUGGGAGCAGUGAGGAACAUCUCACUUAACAUUUCCAUCUCUAAUGUGGGGGAUGACGCCUACGACACCAACGUUUUCUUCAAUUUUUCUGGGGAGCUCUUCUUCAUCAAGAUGUGGCAAAAG